CUUAGCCUACAGACCAAGAUGGAUGCCUUCGAGUUGUUUCAGAAACUCGGAGCUGGAGCUAAAUUCGACCUGAAAAGGUUCGGCCAGGACGCUUCUCGCUUCAAGGUUGUCAGGAAACAUGCGGGAGACGCAUCGUCCGACCAGCUCUCUGCGAUCGAUUACUUCGGCGCAGGCGUGACGAGUGGAGCGCAGAGCACAGCUGAGGAUCGAGACGAGGAGGAUAAACAGAGGGACACCGUGGCCAAAAAAAGAAAGCGACGGGAUGAAGAGAAAAGUGUGAAGAAAAAGUCGACAAAAAAGUUAACAGGCACUGUUGAUGUACAGAAGGAAUCAAAGCCUGACACGAUCGCCUGGACCUCCUCGCUGGAUGGGAAGAUCCAGAGCCAUCCGGGUGACGGAAAGGAGGAGAAGUCGCUGAAAAGGCUAAAGCAGCUUCAUCAGGAGAAGGUGAACCGCGUACGCGCUUGUCACCGCAUCAACGUGCACGGCAGUGACAUGCCGAACCCUGUGUGCACCUUCGAGGAGCUGCAGUCCGAGUACCGGCUCCACCCGCGGGUCCUUCAGAACCUGCGCGAUGCCGGCCUCAGCACGCCCACGCCCAUUCAGAUGCAGGCCAUCCCGCUCAUGUUGCACGGUCGCGAGCUUCUGGCGUGCGCUCCGACGGGAUCGGGCAAGACGCUGGCCUUCUGCCUCCCGCUGCUCGCUCACCUCAAGCGGCCCGCCAAGCUCGGCUUCAGGGCCGUCGUCAUCUCGCCCACCAGAGAACUCGCAAGCCAGACCCACAGGGAGAUGCUGCGCCUGUCCGAGGGCUCCGGCUUCCGGAUCCACAUCCUAAACAAAGCGGCUGUGACGGCCAACAAAUUUGGACCUCAGUCCAACAAAAAAUUUGACGUCCUCAUCAGCACUCCCAAUCGACUCGUCUUCCUGCUCAAGCAGGAGCCCCCCGCCAUCGACCUCAGCAGCGUGGAGUGGCUGGUGGUGGAUGAGUCGGACAAGCUGUUCGAGGACGGCAAGACGGGCUUCAGGGACCAGCUGGCCGCCAUUUUUCUGGCGUGCUCCAGCGCUAAGGUGCGCAGGGCGUUCUUCAGCGCCACCUGCACGCAGGACGUGGAACAGUGGUGCCGCCUCAACCUCGACAACCUGGUCUCCGUCAACAUCGGGCACAGGAACACGGCAGUGGAUUCUGUGGAGCAGGAGUUGCUCUUUGUUGGCACGGAAAACGGCAAGCUGGUGGCAGUGCGUGACAUCAUCAAGAAGGGCUUCCUGCCUCCCGUGCUGGUGUUCGUCCAGUCCAUCGAGCGAGCGCGGGAGCUUUUCCACGAGCUCGUCUACGAGGGCAUCAAUGUGGACGUCAUCCACGCCGAGCGCACACAGCAACAACGGGACAACGUAGUGGAGAGUUUCCGCUGCGGCAAGAUCUGGGUGCUGAUCUGCACGGCGCUGCUGGCACGAGGAAUCGACUUCAAAGGCGUCAACCUGGUGCUCAACUAUGAUUUCCCCACCAGCGCCGUCGAAUACAUUCACAGAAUCGGUCGUACGGGCCGAGCGGGACAUCGAGGCAGAGCCAUCACUUUCUUCACAGAGAACGACAAACCCCUCCUGCGAAGCAUUGCUAACGUCAUCAAACUAGCCGGCUGUCCCGUACCGGACUACAUGGUUGGCUUCAAGAAGUUACACAGCAAAGUGAAGAGGAGGCUGGAGAAGAAGCCUCCCACUCGGAGCACCAUUUGCACCACACCGCAGUUCAUGAAGAAGCAGCCCAAAAAAGUCCAGAAAAUGCAGCAAAGUGGAGGAAACAUGCAAAAGCGCAAGAACAAAACCGCAAGUUCUCUGAAAAAACAAGUCAGAAAAAAGAACAAGCAACAGAAGGAGUAGAAGAUGGACUUUAGAAACAGUUCAAUAUUAUUUGUUCUUUGUACAUCUAAAUAAAGG